UCUAUCACAGUUCGAUUCGUGUGUCAAACGUGGCUGAGUUUGUGUGUCGAAUUAAAAAAAAAUAUAUAUUUAUAAUAAUAAUCAAUUCUUAUCAUUUAUAUGUUAAAAUUUAAUAUUCAAUUAUUCAAAAAACCAAAAUAAUAAUCAUUAAUAAAUAUAAAUAAAUAAUUAAAAAUUACAAUAAACAAAUUUCAACAAAUUUAUCAACAACUACAUGACAUACAAAAAUCAUCGAAUAACGCCAUUACAUUUUAGUCAAAUGGUAACGUAGUUGUGUAUAUAUACAUUAAAUAUAUGUAUACAAAAAUUGAUAGUUGUGUUGGUUAAAAUGCUGGAUCGACUUCCUGUUCAUAGCGAUGCUUCAUGAGCGUCGUUCAUCAAAGUGUACCAAGUGAUUUUAGAGGCUCUAAGUAGUAACGAGGGUGCAAAGACCCCGUUUAACCACAAAAUGAUUAACAUGGAGACUGAUAAAAUUAUCGAUGACACAAAUUCAAAUAACCAGUAUCCAAUGACGAUACUGCGAUAUGAGAAUGAUUCAAAUAGAAAAAAAGAGCCAUCAUAUGUACAGAAUUUUUCAACUCAGUAUACACUAGAACGUGAAAUGUGUAUUAAAUAUUUUGAAAGAUGGAGUGAACCAGAACAGGUACAUUUUGUAGAGCAAUUACUUGCACAAAUGUGUCAUUACCAACAUGGACAUAUUAAUACCUAUCUUAAGCCAAUGUUACAGAGGGAUUUUAUAUCUUUACUUCCAAAAAAAGGCCUGGAUCAUGUAGCUGAAAGUAUACUGUCUUAUCUUGAUGCAGAUUCACUUUAUUCAGCUGAAUUAGUUUGCAAAGAAUGGCACAGAGUUAUAAGUGAAGGAAUGUUAUGGAAAAAAUUAAUUGAACGUAAAGUACGUACUGAUUCAGUAUGGAGAGGUCUUGCUGAAAGAAGAGGAUGGAUACAAUAUUUAUUCAAACCAAGACCUGGUGAAAAUCAUCCAAUUCAUGAUUUUUAUAGAAAUUUAUUUCCAAAAAUAAUUAAAGAUAUUGAUGCUAUUGAUCAUAAUUGGCGUAUGGGUAAUCAUAAAUUACAAAAAAUUAAUUGUCGAAGUGAAAAUUCAAAAGGUGUAUAUUGUUUACAAUAUGAUGAUCAAAAAAUUGUAUCUGGUUUACGUGAUAAUACAAUUAAAAUAUGGGAUAGAAAUUCAUUACAAUGUAUUAAAGUAUUGACUGGUCAUACUGGUUCAGUAUUGUGUUUACAAUAUGAUGAUAAAGUUAUAAUAUCAGGUUCAUCAGAUAGUACUGUUAGAGUAUGGGAUGCAAAUACUGGUGAAAUGGUUAAUACACUUAUUCAUCAUUGUGAAGCUGUAUUACAUUUGAGAUUUAAUAAUGGAAUGAUGGUUACAUGUUCAAAGGAUCGUUCAAUAGCUGUUUGGGAUAUGACAUCACAAACAGAAAUAGCAUUACGUCGUGUAUUAGUUGGUCAUCGUGCAGCAGUUAAUGUUGUUGAUUUUGAUGAAAAAUAUAUUGUAUCUGCUAGUGGUGAUAGAACAAUUAAAGUAUGGAAUACAUCUAGCUGUGAAUUUGUUAGAACACUUAAUGGACAUAAACGUGGUAUUGCAUGUUUGCAAUAUAGAGAUCGUUUAGUUGUUAGUGGUAGCAGCGAUAAUACAAUUAGAUUAUGGGAUGUUGAGUGUGGUGCGUGUUUACGUGUCCUUGAAGGACAUGAAGAACUUGUACGUUGUAUUAGAUUUGACAGAAAACAUAUUGUUAGUGGUGCUUAUGAUGGUAAAAUAAAAGUCUGGGAUCUUGUUGCUGCACUGGAUCCACGAGCAGUUGCUAGUACACUUUGUCUACGUACACUUGUGGAGCAUACUGGACGUGUAUUUCGUUUGCAAUUUGAUGAGUUUCAAAUUGUAUCAUCAUCACAUGAUGAUACAAUACUUAUUUGGGAUUUCCUUAAUUGCAGUACGUCUGAUAAUAAUAGUGUUGGAGCUGCACCUCCAGUUGUUCAUAAUUCAAGUAAUAAUAAUCAAUCAGAUACUAGGUCUCCAUCUCCAUUUGAGUGACGCAUCAAUACAACUAUAUCUCCAUUGUGAUACAACUACAAGUGGUUAGUGAAUGAAUUACAUGUGUUCACGUGAGCCAAGUAUGUAUGUGAGAAAAUAUUUAAAAAAAAAAAAAAAAAAACAAUGUAACAUUUUCA